AUGCUCCCCCGCACCAGCCUCCCAGGCUUCCUACCCCGCCGCCUGUUCUCCCUCACUGCUUCCAGAAUGGCCUCCACCUCCGCUACCCCCAUCGAAGAUCUCAUCCGGGAGAAGGUCACCACCGCUUUCUCCCCCUCCACCCUCAUCAUCCGCAACGAUUCUCAUCUCCACGCGCAUCAUGCCGCCAUGCGCGGAGCGACUUCCAAGGAAACUCACUUUCAUGUCACAAUCACCUCCCCCUCGUUCCAGUCGAAGCCCCAGCCCGCGCGCCACCGUAUGGUCUAUGCGUUGUUGAAGGAGGAGAUGAGUCAGGAGGGAGGCAUCCAUGCGCUGCAGUUGCGGACAAAGACACCGGAGGAGGAAGAGCGGGAAAAGGAAAGACAGGCCCAGGCUUAG